AGUCGGGUGGAGGUCGCCGAAUCGGGGACGGCGCCGGGAGGGUUCGCCGGUGGCCCUUCCGCAGCUGCGGCUCCGCCCGCUCCCCCGGCGUCCCUCUCGGCCCACGCCUCUGCCGGUGGCGGGCUGCCGGCUCCGCGUCCCGCCUCUGCGCCCGGAGGACAUGCAGAAGAGAGGAUGAGCCAGAGGGACACGCUGGUGCAUCUGUUUGCCGGGGGAUGUGGUGGCACAGUGGGAGCUAUUCUGACAUGUCCACUGGAAGUUGUCAAAACGCGGUUACAGUCAUCUUCUGUGACACUUUAUGUCUCUGAAGUUCAGCUGAACACCAUGACCGGAGCCAGUGUCAACCGAGUCGUGUCCCCUGGGCCUCUGCACUGCCUAAAAGUUAUCCUGGAAAAAGAGGGUCCUCGCUCAUUGUUUAGAGGACUAGGCCCCAACUUAGUGGGGGUGGCACCCUCCAGAGCAAUAUACUUUGCUGCUUAUUCAAACUGCAAGGAAAAGUUGAAUGGUGUUUUUGAUCCUGAUUCUACCCAAGUACACAUGAUUUCAGCUGCAAUGGCAGGUUUUACUGCAAUCACUGCAACAAACCCCAUUUGGCUUAUAAAGACCCGGUUACAGCUUGAUGCAAGGAAUCGUGGGGAAAAGCGAAUGGGUGCGUUUGAAUGUGUUCGUAAAGUAUAUCAAACAGAUGGACUGAGAGGAUUUUAUAGAGGCAUGUCCGCCUCCUAUGCUGGCAUAUCAGAGACAGUUAUCCAUUUUGCUAUUUAUGAAAGUAUAAAGCAAAAACUGCUGGAGUGUAAGACUGCUCCCAUGAUGGAAAGUGAUGAAGAAUCUGUGAAGGAAGCAUCGGAUUUUGUGAGAAUGAUGCUAGCUGCUGCCACCUCAAAAACCUGUGCCACCACCAUAGCGUAUCCACACGAAGUUGUAAGAACACGACUACGAGAAGAAGGAACAAAAUACAGAUCUUUUUUUCAGACACUGUCUUUGAUUGUUCAAGAAGAAGGUUAUGGGUCUCUUUACCGUGGCCUAACAACUCAUCUGGUGAGACAGAUCCCAAACACAGCCAUUAUGAUGGCCACCUAUGAAUUGGUGGUCUAUCUUCUUAAUGGAUAGCAGUGUGGGCUGCCAUGCUACAGAGCAGGAAGACCAAAAGAUCACAGUGGACCAUGGAAUCUUGAAGCCAGCAUGGUGGACAGAAGACAGUAGUCUGGAAGCAUAUAACUACUAUGGCUGAGUGGAAGUUUGGCUGUAGGAAGUGAAGUACCACACUACAUUAGUCUUUCAGUGAACAGGCCCUGGGCCUCCUCUAAGAGAAUGCUUCGAAAAGUGUUCUUUUCUUAAAAUUGCCAUUUUCUCUACCAUUGUUCACAGCUAUGGGGUUUUUUUAAAUUGAUUUAUGACAUUCAGAAUAUAGUGUUAAUUGAUUUUUUUUUCAGUCUUCUAAGCAAAGUCAUCUCUAAGUAAUUAUCCAAAGAUAGUGGUGACAAUUGCAAAUGUCUAACUUGACCUCUUUUGUAAUACUGUAAAAUAAUGAUAGAUAGAUCCUUAUUACGAUUUUCCUGAGAGCCCCUGCCUGGUACAGUGUUCUAAAAUCAUUUGGCAUCAGUAGUCACUGUAUUUGACAACCAGUGAAAUGGUAUCUAAAUACCUUACUUUCAGCAUUAGAAUGUUUUGGUUACAACUAAUAUAUUUAUUACAAUGUGGACUUUAUCAUAUCAGAUGUGCAUGGUUAACGUGGGGGCUAUAAAAUAAGCUAGUGGGGCUGGAGAGAUGGCUCAGCGGUUAAGAGCAUUACCUGCUCUUCCAAAGGUCCUGAGUUCAGUUCCCAGCAACCACAUGGUGGCUCACAACCAUCUGUAAUGAGAUCUGGUGCCCUCUUCUGGCCUGCAGACAUACACACAGACAGAAUAUUGUAUACAUAAUAAAUAAAUAAAUAAAUAUUUUAAAAAAAUAAGCUAGUGAAUGCCAACUCAGUGACUUUUAUGACAAGUGCUUCGUCACAUCUUCUCCAAUUACAUAAUGCAUGAAUAGAGCCAUAUGUGAUUAUCACAUUCUCAUACCCACAUGUUAUUUACAAAAGUAGAGAAGUCAAUGACUUGACUCUGUUCUUCUUACUUUCACAUUAAGAAUUAUUUCCACAUCUUUACAGAUUAUUCUUGGUUGAUAGAGAAAAUGGUAAUUUUUCACUUUUGCCCCUGAAGUGAUGGUAAUGCUUAGGACAAGAUAAAUAUUACAAAAAGAGGUCUUCAGCUAUGUGACAGCAACCACAGUCGACCAGGAGUUUGUCCGUCAGUGUGCUGCAUUGGACAGAUUUUAUUCUGUCCUAGUUUCCUGAAUGCUCUAUCAUAAAGUCAGGCGAAUUUCAGUUCAAUGUGUUAACAGCAUAUAGUUUUUAAAUAUUGCUAUUGAGUCAGCGACACCUUUUAACACUUUAAUUGUAUUACAUAUGGCCAUUAUAAAGGUGUUUGCUGUAAUACUAUAGAUUUUCCAAUGGAUGUUGCUAUACUAGUAUAUAAAUAAAACUUCUACAAUUAAACUCCACUGUGGUACUCAUCAGUGUACCCUAACCUUACAUUUUGUGCAAUGGCUUUCUCUUCAGAAUGACUAUGUGAAUGCACUUUGUGGCCUUUUAAGGGGGUAAGAAUUGUGUUAAUUUUUUAAAAUAUUGUUAGGUAUUAGGCAGAAGCAGUGUUCAUAAUAUUUUUUGGAUAUUUAGACAUGUUUUGGAGAUAUUUUGGAGAUCUUCCGGUGUUCUAAGUGUGCCGUGUACUGUGUAAUGCCACAAUAUGGAAAAAAGCCGCAUGCCAUUGAAAGCUUUCGCUGCUGUCCCCAAUGAAGUCUAACGCCUCUUAAAUUUCUCACCUUGACUUCCUUGUAACCAAUAACUGGAUGUUUUUGAGGUGCUCAUUUAUUUGGAAUUAAAAAUAUUCCAACCUAUUUGGAGACCAAAGGCAAGUUCAGAUUGUUACCUUUGGAAUUAUUGCAGCUUUGACAUUUAUUACAUGGAACAUACCAAAAAUAAAUCCUCACCUGGAGGUUUAACUUAAAUCUGUAGAGAAGGUCUCAGGCUAUAGUGUUUGCCUCUUCAGGUGCCAUAGAUACUGCCUGAUACAGUGCCAUUUUCUCUGUGAAGAUCCAUAGCUCUAGUCGUGUUGAAUGUAGGACAUGUUCUCCUGUGUUACACAGAUCUCAGAUGAUGAAGAAUGACAAGAAAACCAGCAGCUAAGGAACAGCUUGAGUAAUUGUAGCAAAUCCAUAAUAAGUGUCCUUCCAGGAUGAACAUGUGUUCUGUGUUUCGUUAAGAAAAACUUUCCAUUAGCCUCUAGUGCUCUGUACUCGGGGUUUAAAGAGUUAGUGUGUGUUCUGCAAGAAGGGGGUUAAAGUCUUAGUGUUUAGUUUGAAAGCAGUCAUUGGAAAGGAGCAAUGAGGUCUUUUUUGUUCUGAGUACUGUCUGCCAUAGUUUACUUUAUGACAGAGAUAGUUAAAAAACAUGUGUAUUUUAUAUAGUUUAUCUCUUUAAGGAUUUUCUUAAAUCUAUUGUAAUGCUCAAAAGCUGUGUAUACUCAGAGCAUUGGGUUUUUAAAAAUUGUUUUCAAUCAGAUAAUCUUGUUAAAAAUGUCUUAGAGAGCUAGAGUGGACCUUGUAUACUUUUGUUUGGUCCUCUCAGAAAGUUGAACUCAUUCAGACAGCUAGAGCAAUAGCUACUGGAAGCAAACCAAACCCUCACCCAUCCGGGGCUCCGCUGCUGUGGCUCAAAGGCUUGGAAUUUGGGUAUUCCAGUUGGUGAGCAGCUGAGCUCUAGUGGGAUACCAUAUAGUGCUUUAAAUUUCCAGGGAAUGCUCUACUACCAAACUUUGUUCUUUGUUUUAUGAUAGGUCUCUUAUUACCCAAGAUGACCUUGAACUCCAAAUUCUUCUGCCUCUGCCUACUAAGUACUGGUAUUACAGACCCUCCCCACCAUGCUCACCAGAUCUGUCCCUGUUCUCAUUAUAUGACUGUAGAACCAGCCUGACUCACUAGAGGGAGCUCAACUGGCUUAUAAUUCUGAAACUAGGACAACAUCCUUCGGUCAUUUAGCCCAGCCAUGUCUCCUAACCCUGGAUGUCUGCUGUGUGUUAGCCUUGUUAGGAUGAACGCAGUUUGGGGUGUUCAAAAGAAAAAAAUGUGUUUAAAGUGGCUUUUUAAAAUCACUAUGAAAUAGCGACUUCAAUUUGAAGAAUUUAAGUGGUAGGAAUUAAUCUCCCCCUUCUCUAAGGACUUUCUUUGUAUCUCUGUUUACAUGCUCUACUGCAAACUGCUCGUGUUAUAGGGGCCCCUGUAAGUCUGAAACAUAGCUCAUUUAUCCUCACUGAUCAUGACUUAACAUUCCUAAGAAGAUGGGUGUCUGCUUUAAACAGGACUGCAUUUUACCCUAUGAAAUAAAGUGCUUUCUGCCCCCUCACAUGCCUUUUCUAACAUAACUUUGUUUCUCCUUUACUCUACCUUGGUUUUUAUGCUACCCAUUUUAGAAACUUAAAAAGUCUAGUUCUGCUCAGUUAUGUUAAACUUUUUCGACUGUACCCCAGUGGAUGUGAAUUAAGUUAUAUCAAUCACUCAUAGUUCAGCCAGCUUUAAAAGAGCUGAUGAGUUUUGCCCAGUUAUAUGAGUGUUGCUAUUGUUGCAUUUUUGUACAUGGCUGCAGAUUAUGUGCAUUUAUUCUGUAUUUAUGUUAACUAGCUGACUUGUACUUGAAUUAAAAUUCAGAAAAAUUAAAAUGCUUUUGAAAAU